GCAUUAUAUUACCUUUAACUACAGUUAAUUUUACAGUAAGAAUUAUUCGCAAUGAUUAUUAGCCGCGAGGUAAGCUUAAGAAAUGCAAAUUGCCUGCCGUGUGUUUAUUUUAUGCACAAAGCCAAUGCAGACUUCAUGGAAGAAAACAUCAAUGUUGCUCGGCCCUAUGUGACUAUUAUUGUGAAAUAUAAUGGCGAACUAAUCGAAAUUCGAAACGCAAGACUGCUUUGCGGCGAGGUUUAAUAUAAUACUAUAAUAUAAACAGCUGCUUGUGAAGCUACGAGCCUUUUACUGUAGAAAAUUUAAAGAUAAUAUCAUAACAAUAUUACGUUAAUCUGUAUUGCAGAUUGCAUUAUUGCAUCCAUGGGUAUUUGAACAUCAUGAUUUUUAAGGGCUCCUUAACCAUCUGGUUUUAUCUUGUUUACAAAGUUAUGGCGGGGGGAAUUGAGGCCAUAAAUGUUUACUUUCUUAACAAUCUACAACAGGUAGAUUUUCACGGAGCCUGAAACAGAAGUAAACAAACACGAAUGCAGCAACAACAAAUUUGAUUUGUACAAUGCUGCAUCAUCAACAGGUUGUUUGUUUCUUUCGCGCAAGUUGAUCGCAAAUUCUGCUUAUUUCGUAAAUUAAUUGCCGUUGAAGUUGAACGAACUGACUUCUCUUUGAAUACGCUGUUUAGAAAAUUUGUCAGCCACACGAAAAGUUUAAUCCUCCAACAAUAUGCUAAAAUGUAAUAGGAUCAUGAAUUUUUGGUGUCCAUUGGAAACGGCGAAUGUUUUUAUCAGAAUAUGCUCGGGCAAGAAUCUAUCAUCUGGUUUUACGCCGAAAGCAACGCCUUUUAUCUGGCGUGACCAGUGCUUGCUAGAGAAUAAAGAGGAGCAAAUUUUUAGAAUAUUUUGUUUCCGUAUGACAUUGCACUCUUCGUAAUUCUCAAUAGCCGAUUGCCUUUCUCUUUGUAAAGCUUUUGUCUUCAGAAUUAACAUAUUGCGUUUUUUCCUUCAAGAGGAUUAUUGCUAACGGCCGACAUACCCACGUCAUGUGUUGAUAUUGCUAUCUCGGUGAAUCUUCUUUAUUACACUGUAAAAGAAAAAAUGUUGGGUUUAUGUACCAACGCCGUCAUAAAUAACCCAAUACCUUUGGUGCAUGCACCAUUGCCUCCCUUUUUUGUGUGUUCACAGCGGAAUCUCAGAAUAAGCAACACUUCACAUCUUAUCGGAAUAAGAUCGUUCUUCCCUGCGGAAGAGGGGAAAAUUUUUUCAGGAAAUAGUGAAUAAUUAGGAAAUAGGAAAUAGGAAAUAGUUGGUUUUCUCUUGCUUUUAAUAUAAGUCUUUGUUCUAUAAAAUAUCCUAUAACCGCAAUUUCUUUCGUCCUCUUUCUGGCAUGUGGUAUGCGAAAAUUUCGUUUGUACUUCUGUGAGUCGGACACGCCUCUCUGUGUUAGGUAAAAUGGCUUUUAUCACUGGGGCCCGAGAUGGGAAGUUGACUCACCGGUAUUAGAGUGUUUUGGUUAUUUUUUUAUUAAACAAGUUAAAUGUUUUAACAAAUUUCAGAUGAGAAUAAGAACCAAAAUAAGAACACCGUGGAAAUCUGAAAUGGUUAACUAGUAUCAAAUACCUGCGGUGGUUUCUGGUAGUGACUGUCUUAAAAAUUGAGCUUUUCAGCAUAAUAGAUUCCCUAAAUUCCAGACCUGUUCUUUUACAAGCCCAAAUACAGCUCAUCAAAUAUAUGCUGCACUGGUCCUUGUCAGAACAUACGCAGAGUCCACCCCAAAUUUCAUAUUCUUUCAUCUUUCAUAAAUCUUUCUGAUAUGCAACUUUUCUGAGUUCCUCUUCUAAAUGUUUGCCAACACAAAUUCUCGUAGAUUGAUCGAGUGCUUAAUUCUCGACUUUUGGAAUUUUUAUGUGCAAACAUGUAAUUGUUAGAGACACUUUCUUGUCAUCUGUUUGUUUUUAAGAGCAAACACCAUCAUACUUCCAGCGCAAACAUAAAUUGAAUACAGGACUAUCGGUUGAGUACAGGGCUGUUGUGUGCAGUUAGGUCUUUGUAGCAAUCAUUGUUUUGUGGCAGGUAUAACGAGGCUAUGGUGCAAGCUAGCUUUCCAGCUAUGUUCGUUUAAUUGACAAACAGCUGCUUGCCAUCACCCUUGUAUGCAAUCAAAAAGGAUUUGCAGGAGUGAUCCCCUGAAAGAAGACCAACUAUAGAUGAAAAGGAGGCGUUUGGUAAAUGGUUGACUUGGAAGUGUUUACCAGUCUCUUUUACUUAUUAGGGACAGUGUUACGACUUGCCGAUUUACCUGAAGUAUCUACAUUUUUUCCUGUCUUCUUUGCUCCUCUCUCCAAAACAAUAUAUAUCGCUUUGUUUUUGUUUUGCUUUUUGUUAUUGGCCUUCUGUUUACACCGGACGCAGAUCAAAACGGUGUUUUAAAACGGUAUCGAUUAAUAGAAACACGAGAUGGAUACGGAUUGAAAACGAGGCAGAUUUCCUUUGCUAUUAUUUUUUCAAUGAAAAGGACUUUAAGAUUUUGACUCUGAUAGCUAUAAUAGUUUUCUAUUGCAUUUCACCAUGGUGUUUCUUCAUGAUGUUAUGCUAGUUGUCCCGAAAUUUAUAACACUAAUGCGUCUUGAGCUGUGGCUAACGGUAUUUCACUUCACGUUGACAAGCUGCAAAUAAAGGAUGCGGAAAAACGAUGAACCAAAGCUUAUUGAACAUAGAACAGCUACAUGCAGUGUCUUCUUAACAGCCACAGUGCUUUCGAUUUUCAAUGAAUUACUUUCUUUCACGGGUCAAACUGUUUCAUUCAAUUUCGAGCACGCAGCAACCUCAUUGAUUUCGUCAUUCGGUGGUGGGUUUUUCUUUCCAGUAGUUUUCUUUUAGAAUAUUCAUAAAAAAGGUCGAUUUUUCAAUUAUAUCGUUCGAAAAAUUGUGUGCUGAAAUGAAGGUACUAUCUUGGGGUCUUUAAAAGAACCAGGUCCUAUACCAAACUGUGGUCGAGCACUUAGUUUAGAUCAAGGACUAGAGAACCUCUGAAACGUUGACAUUUCAUUUAUUCAUCAGCUUUGUUUAAAAGCACAACCUCUUCCUAUCUAAAACUCCCCCUUUACAAUCCAAAUCAGCAUCCUUUUAUGUUUCUAGCUUCUAGCAAUAUGCUGAGCAUGCGCGGAUGACACGUAAUCAGCAAUUGAAUUCUGCUACAUAAUAAGCGUGAGGGGGCUUAUACGAGGGGGGCUAUACGGGGGCUUAUACGAGGGGGGCCAAUUCGAGGAUAUACAGUCAAAAUCCAGUCAAAAGGUAUUGUUAGAAUUAGAAAUUAAUUUGGCGUGCGGAUGUUUGAUCGAGGAUUUAUGGUUACCUCACCCCAUUGAAGGCGCUUCAUUGUUUUUGUUUGAAUCUGAUGUAUCCUAAAUAAAGCGAAAAGGAAAGACCCCCAUGGGUAAGAUUUCAUUCUAUUUCUUCUAGCCCGACAAGGACAGGGCCGUGUCAUUACUAAUGGACUUCCUAUUUCCAGUUGUAAUUUCUUGCAAAUCAGUGAGAAACAUAACUAUACAAGUUUCACAAGUUUUAACGCCAUUUACCAUUUUGUUCCGAGAGUCAGCCAUGAAAGUCUCUCUUUUCAAAUGUAAUCCGCUGAAACUUAAAUGUAUUACUUGGUGAAAACAGUCUUAGCAAAACUAAUAUUUUGAUAAGAGCUCUGACUAUUUGUGUAACCAUAUGGCCCUGUUAUCCCUUUGAAUAAACACGAAUUGAUAUUGAAAUAGUAGGAAUUUGUGCGGUAUUUGUAAGGCACUACUUUAGGCCUCUAUGCUUGGCUUUAAUCUCAAUAUUCCGUUUCUGUUUAUCGAUGGAUAAAGCUGUGGUUCACGUAAGAACAUUAGUCCUAUCCGUAAGUGUCAUCUCCUUGGGCUGUUGCUAUAAUCUUAUUAAAUCAUACGUGACAGUUUCUUCAAAAUAAGCACGGUUCAUGGACAAUAAACCAGCAAAUGAAGUUGAUUUAACUCAUUACCAUAUGAUUAGGGACGGAUAUACCGAGGGCUGUGGGGGGUGGGAGGGUCCGACACCCCCCCCCCCCAAUAUUUUGCAUUGAUCCGGUAAAAAUGCAUGCUUCGGUAGUCAGUAGAAACAAAAUGAUGUAGAAAGGUUGUUUUUUUUCAUCUUCUUAUAUUCUUUAUCUUAAAGGUAAAGACUGUAUUUUAAAAUGGGCGUUUCCAUCAGUCACCUUAAGGGUGUGGCACAAAGUCCAAUCAUUUUCCAACACUCCCCCAUUUCAAUUCUUGCCGCUUAAAUUCACCCCUGCAUAUCAUGUUUAGAACACGCACCAGGUUAAAGAACAUUCAGUAAUUUUCUUUACCCUUCUGAUUCUCGAUUGAUAAAUUUUUGUUGAUUAGUCUUAAACUUUUAAAGUUUUCCUAAACUAUAGUUUUCUCACAUGUUAUAAAUGUCUUCAUAGAUUGAUGCUUUGGAAGCAUUACAACACAAAGCGUUAACCUCUGCAAGGAAAUCAAUUUCUAGCGUUGCUGCUUACUUUUCUGAUUGAUAUUAAUCAAGCCAUUUUGCUUUUAUCUUUCCAUCAGCCAUGCUCUUGAGCUCUAGAAGAAGGGUCAAACAUUGAUUUUUACUCCUACUUUUUUCUCCAUUUCCUUGGUAAGUUGAAACACUCAAGGAACAUUUUUUGCACAGGCGUGUUGAAAAAAACCCCCGCAUUUUUCUACUAUCUGCUGCAACUUUUAUCCCGUUUUAAAGCAUUUGCAGUCAGCACAGACACGACAUCUAGUGUGAGAGCCAAGCUGUUGAAAAGCCCUCACUUUUAGUGCCGAGAAUUAUCCCUUUUCUACUUCUUGCUAGUUUUUAACGAAAGUUUCGUCAAUGUAACCGAUGUUUUUCUGAUAGCACUACACCCCUACCUUACCUGGCACUUUAACUUGCAGUCAAGAAGCUAUUUGGUGAAAUCUCUGAUUUUAUCUGAAAACAUUGAGCCAAUCAGUUGGCAUCAAGGAUGCUUAGCGUAAUGCUAAGCAAUGCAACUGUUGAUAAAGUUUCUCUUCUUGGCUUCGUUUACAACUAUUACACUUGUAAAAACCAGCAAUAUGUUUUUCACAGUCUUUUAUCUACUUUCCACUUUCCAAAUAACUUCUCAAUGAUAGGAAACUUGCUUUUGAAGUCUUUGAUAAGGCAAGAACCAUAUUCUGAAUAAUCCAGCCAUUUGGAAGUACAUUUUGGAAACUUUGUCUUAAUUUCAAGUUUGCGAUUCAUGGUGAUUUUCCAGCCUUUUUGUGAUCUCUUUGAAAUUUUUCCUUAACUCUAUAAAUGCGGGAAGGAGCUCAAUAAUGAUAUCAUCGUGUGAACAACUACCUGGAUUAAGGCAAAAUGCAUGUUUUUUUUCUUUUGAGCAUCUGGCAGCUGUCAGAGUCAUUGGAAAAAUUCAUUUUGAUGUUGAUUACAUCUGCUGAAGGAAAACACGUUGAAAUUAUUCAAAUCAAAAUACUCGAAAUGAAAUACUUAUCCACAGUGCCUUGUUUGCAUUUCUCCCAAAAAGAUACAGCUACUGUGAGAUAAACAGUUUUUAGUCUCUAAGGAAUGCUUCAUUGCUGGUGGUUUUCGCACGUGCUCACAUCUGUACGGACAAAAUAAACCUGCAGUCGCUGCUUUUUUCAAAAUCCCCAUCACAUUCCCACCACUUUCUCUGCGCGACAAAAGUGUGCGCUGCGGCUUCGAGUGGAUAUAUCUUUCCACUCAUUAAUACAUUAUGUAUGCAAUAUGUAUAAAUUAUGCGUUCGAAAACCUUUACAUCCUAGUUCUAGAGACAGAAGCAUUUUGUCAGAAUUUGUUAAUGUUCUCAAUAUCAAAGAUGACUGAAUGCAUCUUCGUGGUAAGGCAAAUUACGAUGAUUAUAACAAAGCUCUUUCAGUGAAAGAUUUCUGUAAGACUUUUUUAUGUUUACAACUGUGCUAUAUCUGCUUAUAUGUAUUGGAAAGACAUCUUGCGAGAACAUUUUUGCUUGAUUAAAAAGCGUUCACUAUUCUUACCUACCAUCUUAAAAAGCAAUACACUGCACUUCAGAAAUGUGAAUUUUUUUUUAAAAAGCGGUACAUUGCACUUCAGAAAAGAGUUGUCCAUCAAACAUUUUAGCAAACGUGACCUGAAAAAAUCUCUAAGAGGACAGCUAAUUGGACACUUGGUUACCGCAAAUUUUGUCACAGAGCAAACUAUCAACAAGUUUCGUUUUUGCAUGAAUAUUAAGACUAUCUUAUGCACUAUUUAGGCCAUGUCACUUUGUUGGUAUGUUACUUUCAAACAAUCAUGUACAGUUUUUUCACACCAGCAUCCUAAUCCCGUGAAUGCCAAUCGAGGCUCAAAAACCCAGGAUUUAACGUUCGUAAACGAGGCUGGUAUUUUAAUUGUUCUUUCUGAAUGAGCCUCCAUUGAAAAACUGAUCCGUAUUUACUGCACAUAAGAUAAAAUGAAAUGAAGUUCUGUGGAAAGGCAACUGCGUAAAGUUUUUUUGCAUGCUAGGGAAAACAAAUACCAACAUUCUAGAAUUUUUCGUAGUUUUAAUAAGGCUAAACUUUGUUAAAUAUGUUUUGCAUGUUUUGUUAUCAAAGGGCUACGGCAAAAGUCAGGAGAAAGAACACUGUGUAAAACCAUUUGUGUUGGGUGUGCGAUGUUGAUACGCAGUUUUCCUGAGCUAGUGUAGUCUUCGCAGUUUUCGCUCUCAGCCCUGAGACCUUUUAGAAGAUUUGGAAGCAGCAGAUAUUCUUCUCAACUGUAAUUCACCCGAUAUUCUUGCUAUAAUUAAAUUGAACAGACUGUUUGAUGAUAUAUCAUCACAAAUAAUCAGUACAAGACGACCUUUGAUGAAACUGUAGCCAAACGAAAGGCGGUAUGUAACCUUUGAAGAGGAAAAUGGCCUGCACAAUCAGACUUAAAUGUUAGUUAUGACAAAGAGAUCUCUAUUCCAUGAAACUAUAUAGCGUACGAGUCUCUUGUAAUUAAUAUAUUAGUAAGCUAAGCGUUUAUAGGUAUUUUCAACUGAAGGAUGUUAUGAAAACUUCAUUUUGUUAAUUAGCAAAUGAGGACCAGGACUAAUUAGUUGGAAAUAAGCAAAUAUUUGAAUAUUCUAUAUGAAAAUUUUGUUCCAUUUUAUUGUCCUUAACCACCUAACGGGACUAUGUAUGUGCACUUAAUUGCGCAUAAGCAAGCGUUUAAAGUCAAUUUUAUGUCACCAAGCAGGUGUUGUGAUAAUUGCGGUAUUUGCUUUAUGCAAACACUAAAAUACUCUUUACUUCUUAUUUCAUUUUCAGUUCAUAUUAUUGUCACCAAGUUGCAAGCAAAACAUUGAAAAUAUUCUUCUGAAAUAUUUUAACACAGAUCAUAUUCAGUGAUAGAAUAAUGUUAUUUACUUGUUGAACUUGCACAGCCUAUAGACGAGCUAUGAAAGUUUGUUUGAUACCUACUAUCUAUAGAAGACAGCAGAGCUUUUCGAUCCCAAAUACACUGUUCCAAAAACGAAUUUGUAAGAAAACCUCACAGAUCACAAAUCUUUGGUAAAUCACUUUGAAUUUGCUGAUUUGUAAACAUUGAUUAGACUCCUAAUUUCAAUUUAUGCCUGGACAAGGCAUCUAUGAAAUCGCUGGAGCGUGACCUUCAGAAUCUAUCAGCCUUUUCUUGCUUUUGUGAAAUGAGUUUGACCUAGGCAAAUAUCCAAAUAUGAAAGAAAUCGUCAAGCGCUAGCAUUCAAAUAACAGUUCUAUGUUUUUAAAAGAUUAGCAAAGCUGCAAGGUUUACAAGAAGCAAGCAGAUGUUUGUUAGUAGAUGCCUGAUUAUUCAGCACAAUGCCAAGCGUGCAUUCUUUUUAAUCGCAAAUUUACAGCUUAAAUGCAAAGCCAGCCCACAUUCCUGCUAACUAUGGUUUAGAAUUGACCGGCUGUCCAAUGUAGCUAAUCGAUGUAAAAAGGAAAUACGAACGUCCACCGUUGCUUUCAUGUUUCACACUUUCCCACGAAAGCAUGGCGAGAAUAAUAAUUUUCAAAAAGCUUGCUGUUAACAAAAAUGUGUUUGGAAGAUCGUUGAAGCAGCUGCUUCAAAUCCUUAAAUUUCGAAAUUCUCACAAAGACACCAAAAGUUAUUUCUGAUCGUGAUUCUAACACAUAUAACAAACACUUGGUAUCUAGUCAUAAUCAAAAUUCAAAAUCUUCAAAACCUGCUUGUUUUUUGACGCGUAUGACAAUAUUUGAAGGUAUGGUUUUGGCUUUCCUUUUGUCUAACUCUAAACUUCUUCUCUUUUAUAAACUGUUAGAAGGGGAUUGGAAACUUAACCUGAAUCUCUUUUCAAUUGACCUAAUGACCAGGUUCAUUCAAUAGUGUCCAUAAUUUUUACACUUUUUAUUUACAUUUUUUGGUUUUAUCUGCAUUUCUCUGAAACCGAAAGAUUGACUUGCUUGGAGCACCUCAGCUUGUAGACCUUCAUGCAUAGAACGUCGCCAUCAUUUGUAUGUUUUUCGUCAAUCGUGAACUAACCGAGUUAUCAUGUAAGCCAGUUCAAUCAGUGCAAUGAUAGGAGCAGUAGAUUUAGCAGUAAAAGUAUUGCUUGCUAAAACAUAAUAUGGGCUUUAGCAUGACAUUGAGAAGAUGCUUCGCAGGCUCGCUAUCGCCUAUUGUUCAAAUCGUCUUUUGCAAACACAAGAAAAGCGGUGGACACAACUUUCUUUCUUGCUUGGCAAGACUUUCAGAGAAGAGAGAAAAUCGCUUAAACUUUGUUAUGAAGAGCGAGCGACAAAUUGGUUUGCACUAGUUUGAUGAUAGCUAGUUUGAUGACGUCAAAGGCGUAAAAUUUGCUAAUAAAAGUAUUCCGUAUUUUGGAAUACAAUUAGCAAAGCAAAAAUGUUUGUUUAUUCCUUUCUCCAGCUAGUAAACAUGAAAUUGCGAAAACAGAUUUUAGCACCUUUGCCAGGUCAAAACAUACGCGAGCAAUCUGAGUUGCUUUGUGCAUAUGGUUGUAAAUGAAAUCAGUCCGUGCAGCUUUAAAUUAUUAAUCAGAGGCAGUGAAAAGGUAUGAAUGCAUUGCCCAGCCAAAGCAAUUUGCAAACAAUUCUGUAGUGAUAAUGCACAGUAAUUCAUGUUCAAAGUUGCUGCUUUGGAACUAAACAAAUUAUUUCUUUUCGGGUUUGACACAAAACAAGUUCUCAAAGACAGAAGACUGCGAUACAAGCAAAUUCAGCUGUGACGAUACCUUAAGCAAAACGCAAGGCAAAACUGUUUGAACGGAGAUCAGCAUUGAUUUGACUUAAGCUUUUCAUGCGUUAAACAAACAUCUAAAGAAUCACCAGUCGAUAUUUGCAAGUGGAUUACAGUGAGCGUGUUCUUGCUUUGAGCAAGUCGAGGCUUAGCGAUAGUUUUUCCAUAUUUCGUAAAGAAUAACAAGGUGGAUUCAAGGAUAAUCUAUCUUUAGAAAAGCUAAAAGUAAUCAUUGAUCUGAGAAGCAAACAGUGAGCGAAGAUAACUUCUUGUUUCUCGAGUUUCAGCUUUAUGGGUUUGAUUUGGUUUGGUGCCUGAGUUUGCAAGAGGCAGUUUGUACCAUCCAUGGGAAAUUGAAUUAGCAGACUUUGAAGUUACAACUGAGAAGAGUCAAUCACUGAAAUGCUGUUUUUAGAAGAAAACAAAGUUGUUAGGAAGACAAAGAGAAAGCUGUUGCUAGUGUAGCUUCUAAUAACCAGCAAAGUAUUCGCGAAGAGAUGCUACUAACUUAAGAUUUAUUGUUUCCAAUGACUUUGAUUUAUGACAGAACACCUGGUCUAGUCUAAAUCAACCUCUUUGUAAAAACUAGCAGAAAAACUUAGGAACCUCAAAUCUAGACAACGGAAGGGGGAGAAUAUUUGACGAUGCUUGAGUAUUUGUGGAACUUUGUUCUGAAUGGAGGAGGUUCCAAAGUACCAAACCCUCCUGUCGCAUCUGAACUGAUAUCAGAGACUUUGCUGGAGGAACUUCAUGGGUGUCUUAAAGAAAUCGAGACAUUGCAGCAAGAAAAGGAGGCUAAGCGAAAGAAAGAAGCUGGCAGGCCUGACUAUAGUUGGCUAGUUAAUGAAUCAGUAAAACAUUAUCGACUUCCUCGAUCUGUGAAAGUCGAGGUCGAGGAAUUGUGUACGCAGAUUGACGCUGAUGUAGCACCGCUCGUUAUAAAAGAUUUUAGGAGAAUUGUCACGGAAGAUACUCCAGUCGAAAAGAUUCCGGAAGUGUUCAGGUGUGUCCUGAAAAGACAGUUGAUGGUUAAGAAUUUAAAAACAGAAUCAGAUAAUAGGCGAGAAAUUAGAAGAGCGAGCAAAAGUAACAAGUCUUCGAACAAUAUUUUUAAAAGACGUUUGGAUGUGCCAGGUCUUAGUGACAGGGACAUUGAAGCGUGGGGAAGCACCUCAGACGGGCGAGCUCAGUCUGCUCCUGCAAGCUCGUGGAGAUUCUUUAGACAAGGAAAGGUGAAGCCAACAGAAAAACCUAGCAAUCCUAUGGACGAUGUUAAAUGUAUUAGUGAUAAAGAUGCAAGACGAGCAAAUAGUGUACCGACCAUAACGACUAUAGUAUAAAGAAGGUUAUCAUUUGCUACUUAGCAACGCGUGAAAUAAAUCACAGGUGACUAAAUGAAGGCCACCUAAGGUUGUAAAAGUUGGCCCAUGUUUCCAAGUUCCGUCAUCGCAUUAAUUUGCAUGUAACUUGCUGUGUAGCUUAUAUGUGGCAUUGGGUAGCGAUGUCUUCGCAUAGGUGAUUCUUAAGAUUUAGAGGGUGCAACUUUCAGCUAGGAUCUAGGAGGUCCUCAAGAUGGGGGGCUUGAGUAGACGCCCAUUUUUAGGGUAGGUCCCUGUUCCAGAGAGUUUGUAGGUGCGCUUUCGGCUCAGAUGUUAACGCUUGUGGGAAACAAACGCAUAAGAGUGAUGUUAAGGGGCAAGUUCCAUUCUUUCAUCGAUUUUCGAUAGGAUAGGAAUCAGGUGUAGGCAAAGAUUAUGUGUGUUUGUGUCUGUGUGUGUGUGUGGGGGGAGGGGGGGUAUUUAGACUGAAAAUUGUUCAAGAUGCUUUUAAUAUAGAUUCAGGUGAUUCAUUAAAACCUCUAGUCACUCCAUUAUCGUGGUCUCUUGGUUUAGUUCCUUACCUAAGUGGUUAAGAGAAAACUUUUCGUCUGGGAAUUUGUUGGUGUCUGCUCGUUUGUUAGAAGGUCAAUAACAUUUCCAGAAGAAAGGAGGGCUUCAAGGAACCUUCAACCUUUCAAAGGAAAGUGGGGUGCAUUCCAAUUGAUGCAAGUUCUUUUUGGGCAAGUACUUUAUAAAAGCUUUAGAAACUUAGUACCAUAUUGUGUUUGGUAUUAAGAUCUCUUAUCGCGGGAAGGGCAUCGGCUAAUACUACUUAAUCUUUACAACAGGGGUUUUCUGGCUUUACGAAUCUUUAAAUUUUUCUUGCUGGUGUAAAUUUGUACCUUGUUUUCAUAAUGUAUUAGUGUAUAAUUAAAUUGAGCGGUAUGGUUGUUAAACAACAGUUUCAUAGUGUAAUGCAUCUUACAUUUUUGAACCUCGGAUUAAUCUAUGAUGUGAAAGUAGUAUUUGCCUUGAUAUGAAA